GCCAACAAGUCGCAUGCGUUCUCUCCUUCGCUCCGACGGACAGUUCAAGUUCAAAAACAGAUUUUUCGGAUGUGCUCUGCGAUUGGGUAGCGUUGACGCCAAUAUCCGGCUACAGUGUUUCAAGUGCUUUUGCAGUGCUAAAAAGAAUUCAAUAAAUUUAUUUAAAUUCUUCCCGUGUGUGCUGUGUGCCCCUUUGCUGUGUAAACAAAAUUUGGAUUAAGUGUGUUGUGUUUGUGUGUGGCAUGUGCUCCUCGUAUCCAUAUCCUGUUUAAGUAGAUUCUCAAAUGCGGUGGCUUUAAUCGCUUGAAAACACGGAAAACACUUUAACGCAAAUCUGUCCAGAUUUGGAUGCAAAAUGCAGCGGGCAACGAGCCGUGAAGGAAUCGAAUUAAUCAUGUUGGCUUAAACAAUUUCCGUUUGGCCGGGAAAGAAAUAACACUGAACGAAGGAAGGACGAUUCCCCCGAUGACAGCCAACUUGGUGAGCAUGGAAACGGACUUGGGCUUGGAAAUGGACGUGGAUCUGGAUCUGGACAUGUCGGGCGUUUCCCCACUCCUGCCCGCUCCGCUCAACGUGACGCAGGCUCUCUGGGAUCUGGCCACGUCCACCCAGUGGUCCCUCCUGGACUCCAUGACCGAUUCCAUGACCGAGAACUUCAGCACUGCCGACCUGGCGGCCACCGAGACGCCCUACGUGCCCUACGGCCGGCGACCAGAGACCUACAUCGUGCCCAUCCUCUUUGCCCUGAUCUUCGUGGUCGGCGUCCUGGGCAACGGCACCCUGAUUGUGGUCUUCCUCAGUGUGCGCCAGAUGCGGAAUGUCCCGAACACCUAUAUAUUAUCCCUGGCGCUGGCGGAUCUGCUGGUUAUUGUGACCACGGUGCCUUUGGCCUCCACCGUCUACACUGUGGAGUAUUGGCCCUACGGCAGCUUCCUCUGCAGCCUCUCCGAGUUCAUGAAGGACGUGUCCAUCGGAGUGUCGGUGUUCACACUCACCGCACUAUCCGGCGAUCGGUACUUUGCCAUCGUGGAUCCCUUGAGGAAGUUCCACGCCCAUGGGGGAGGUCGUCGUGCCACCAGAAUGACCUUGGCCACAGCGGUGUCCAUUUGGCUGCUGGCCAUCCUCUGCGGAUUACCAGCUCUCAUUGGCAGCAAUCUCAAGCACCUCGGCAUCAACGAGAAGUCGAUUGUGAUCUGCUAUCCGUAUCCGGAGGAGUGGGGCAUCAACUACGCCAAGGCGAUGGUCCUGCUGCACUUCCUGGUCUACUACGCCAUUCCCCUCGUGAUCAUCGCCGUGUUCUACGUGCUCAUCGCCCUCCACCUGAUGUACUCGGCCAGUGUCCCCGGCGAAAUUCAGGGAGCCGUCCGCCAGGUUCGGGCCCGUCGCAAGGUGGCUGUAACUGUGCUGGCCUUCGUUGUCAUAUUUGGCAUUUGCUUCCUGCCCUAUCACGUCUUCUUCCUCUGGUUUUACUUCUGGCCCACCGCCCAGGAGGACUACAAUGCCUUCUGGCAUGUCCUGCGCAUCGUCGCCUACUGCAUGUCCUUCGCCAACAGCUGCGCCAAUCCCGUGGCCCUGUACUUCGUGAGCGGCGCGUUCCGCAAGCAUUUCAAUAGAUAUCUGUUCUGCCGCGGAGCGAGUGGCAGGCGCAAGAAACGCGGCCAGCAGGACACCUUCUGCAUGCACCGGGACACCUCGCUGACCAGCACCGCCUCGAAGCGCUACCAGUCGCGCCACUCCUGCUACCAGAGCACCAUCCGCAGCUGUCGUUUGCAGGAGACGACGAUUACCACGCUGCCGAAUGGCGGCAAUCAGAACGGAGCCCCCAUUCCCGCCGUGGACUUGGCCGUGCCCCUUGGCCAGACAACCGGACACCACGAGGCACCACCGGGCUACGGAUUUCUGCCGCUUAACGAACUCGGCCAGCAGUCGCGUUCGCACCCACCAAAGUUCCAGGAGUCGCUAUUAAACUGAAGUCGCAGCAGCAGGAAUUAGUGGUCCAAACUGGACUCAAACGGAGUUUACAGGAAGUCGGUCAGCCGACUGCCCCAUUAUCCUCAGCACUCUAGCGAAAUCAAAACUACCUUCAAGCCAAGGUUUUCCUUUUCACAACUAACUAUGAUUUACAUUACCUAACUUUUUAUGGCUUUAAUUAAUUUAGUUUCUAAACGAAAUUUAAUAGUUAUAAGCUGAAACUUGCCUUGAGUUUUUAAUAGCAUACUUAUGAGGGUUAUUUUACCUUUUCCAGUUAGCUUUAGUUUUUAAGAAACAUUUAUCCUAGUUUUUGAAGCCCAAAGGUUGACUAACUGAAACCUCUCCAUUAAUCGGCAGUUAGAAAUGUCUACGAUAAAACUUUGGCCUCCCGACAAAGUAACCCACUUUUGUGUAAUGUAAAUAUAAAUGUUUACCAAAGAAUUUCGAUGUUAUUCAUCCGUGUCAAAGUCAUAGGGGUAAGCCUUUAAACUAAAGUAUUGCAGCCGUGGCACGGCUUUAAGCUAAAACAAUUUAAAGAAUAACUUACACUAUACAGAUAAGAAUGCUAAAACAAUUUGUGUGCUCUAAAAUAGACUCCUCCGUUUACUAGCUAAUCACAGAAACUUUGUAAAUACAUUUUUAUG